AUGCAUCUCGUCGCAAGGAUGGACAGGGAUGUCCUCCAGGGAGGAGCAUUCUGGUCUCCUCAGCCGAUAUUCCAAGCCGAUGUUCCUUUCUUUUGGUGUAAACGACACUGCCUUUCCAUAGAGGAUCUACCUGUUGAGAUCUUCACUGCGAUCUGCCGCAAUCUAUGUGUGCAUUGUCAGCAUGCACAUGUUGUCGAUCUCCCGCCUGGCCAGAUUGACCACGCCAUCGAGGCUCAGCAGGCACUGUCGCGGUUAAGCCGCACAUGUCGACGCUUACGGAGCAUAGGGCAGCCUAUUCUAUAUCACUGCUAUCAUUCCGGAAGACAGUCAGAUUUAUCGAAUAGUCCUGACUGUUUAAAUGGCACAUACACCAGAGGCUGCGAGGUUCGGAAUUUGAGGGUGUUUCUUCGCACACUGCUUCAAAGACCUGAUCUGGCUAAGAAUGUGCGCGCACUAGCACUUUUUGCAUUAAAAGAAGACACUGUGGGAAAUAUAUCCCCGGAUAUGCAAGACUUGUAUCGACAAGCCGGUGAGCGCGCUGGCUUUCGUGCUCUGCCUUCGUAUGAACGAGUUGACUCAAAAUGGUUGCAAGAAGCUUCCAUCAUGGCUACACCCUUUGUUGAACAACUUCUCAUUUAUCGAUCUUCUUCAGAGGGGCUACAGUACAUAAGAAACUCGCCCUUCUACCUACCGAAUCUCAAAUAUUUAGUGUUGCCGGGCCAGGUCAAGAAUCCCGAUGAGUGUUGUCACAUUCAGCAAAUGCAAGAUGUGUUAGUCAAAGCCCAGAACCUAGAAAUAUUGGCAGCCAGCGAUGCCGACUGUGGGACGGAUAUUCCUCUACGCGAGCGUUUUCGAGCAGAGCCAUGGGAAACUGCCCUCUCAAGUCUUCGUCGACUCUCUCUCCACGGCUUAGACCCAGAUAAUCUAGCCAAAAUCCUUCGCCGCAGCCCAGUACUCGAAGAUCUCGAGUAUUUUUGCGACAUGGAUAAGUACACUGUUCUUCAACAUAAUCACCUCGCCCCUGUGAGUCACUCAUUGCGGCGGUUAUGUUACACUACCACGACGUGGGAACACACGUCUGGCGGCGUACAAGAUAUCAUAGAACAUGUAUCAAUGUUCCUCCGCUGGGACUCUUCGUUACGAGGCGAUGCCAGCUUCGUUGACUUCCCGCGUCUUGAGAUCCUGGAGAUUGAGCAACUUCUUCUUUAUGGGCCUGUAUUCGACGACGAAGAAGAGCGCAAACAACGGUUUGAGGUGAUGAAGGAUGUCGGCCCGGAGAUAUUCAUGGCGAGCCUUCCUUCAUCGUUACGCAUUCUUCAUAUAGGAAUGGUAUUAGCAUGGCCAGAAAUGCACCGCGACUUACUAGGCAUGGUAGGGAAGAUACAUCGAUUCCCGAACUUGAGUGUUGUUGCAGUGGAUCCCUAUGAAGCGCCACCGAAAGAGCAAGUUAAGAAGCUUGAGGAUGCAUUUGCGGCGAUGGGGAUCAUAUUCCAAGUAGGGCAGACGACGCAGGAACCAUUCGGUAGGGGUAUGUUGGGUGUGAGGCCAGGUCAUCCAGGGAGGUCAAGUGAGAGGGAUCUCAGGUUUCCGUUAUCGUAG